AAUCGUUUGGGAAAAAAUAAAUUACCUGAAAAAAUAACAUCAAUCAUCGUUGGCCGUUGGGAUUAAUUCGAAUAGAAGACGAUUGCAAGAAAAAAAAAACGUUGAUUUCCGAAAAGGCAAUGUCGUCGGAUCGACGAUUCUUUGGGCGCUCUUUCCUAGUUCAGGUACAAACCUUUGACCACGUUGGAAUGUUAGACCAAGUCGAGCUUCCUAAAGGUUAUCGAAUGCCUCAAACAAAACGAGCUGCAGCAGAGGUUGCUGAGAAGAAAGCUUCUGAUAUUAUCACAUCCGAUGAUAAAGGCGAAGAGGUUAUCAUCAUUGAUGAGUCGAAGCAAUCGAAUCUUGAACCAAAAUCUUCUAAAGAAAAACCAAUUAUUGCUGGGGCUGCUGCAAAAGAAAAAUUGAAUGCAAGUAAAGAAACUGUUAACACACCUAAGGACAGUAGUAUGAAAGGUAUGGAAAAAAUGGCAGAUAAGGAAGAAAAUGCACAGACUGCUAAGUUCGACAGAACCAAAAAGGAAUCGGAAGGUGUGGUUGCAGAACAGCAACCUUCUGCAAAAGGUGAAACCAAAGUGCGUAAAGAACCUGAAUCUGAAGAAGAUAAAUAUGCUCGUUUGCAUAAGGUGAGGGUUGAAGCAGGGAAAAAGGGGGCAGCAGUCAGACAAGCUCGUGCUAAAGAAAGAAGCUCAGCAGAAGAAAGUGAGGGUGAGGAAGAAAAUGAAGACAAGGAGCAAAGAAAAGCACGACUACAUCAAAUUAGGGUUGAAGCAGGAAAAAAGGCAGCAGCGACUAGAAAAGCUCAUGCUCAAGGACAAAGCUCAGCAGAAGAAGAGGAAAUUGAAGAUGAAGAUAAGAGAAAAGCCCAUUUGCAUAAGAUUAGGGUUCAAGCAGGGAAAAAGGCAGCAGCAACUAGAAAAGAUCAUGCUAAAGAAGAAUACUCAGAAGAAGAAUUAGAAGAAGAGGAUGAAAAAGAGGAAGAAGAGGAUGAGAAAGAGGAGCAUGAGUACGAAGACGAGGAACAGAGAAAAGCCCGGCUGCAUAAGAUAAGGGUCGAAGCGGGAAAGAAAGCAGCGGCAACGAGAAAAGCUCAUGCAGGACAGCAGAGUUCUGAAGAAGAACCGGACGAGGCUGACUUGAGUACUCACGACAAAUUGUCUGCUGCUGGAAAGAAAGGUGCGGCGACAAGAAGGGCUCGUGCUAAGGGAUCUUCAGAAGAAAGUGCGGGCGAGGAAGACGAAGAAGAAAAAAAUGCUAGAUUGCAUAAAAUAAGGGUUGAAGCGGGAAAGAAAGCAGCAGCAACCAGAAAAGCCCAUGCCCAACUGCAGAGUUCUGAAGAGGAACCGGAUGAGGCUGACGUUAGUACUCACGACAAAUUGUCUGCUGCUGGGAAGAAAGGUGCGGCGACAAGAUGGGCGCGUGCCAAGAAGAGGGAAUCCGAGGGAGAAAAUGGCCAAGAAGAAGAGACCAACGGUAACUCUAAGAAAAUCCGUACUUCACCACGGCUCGCCAUGGAGCACUGUAAAUCCUGAUCCGUGUUUAAGAGGAAAGCUCUUGAAAUUCAAGAGCAUUUCCUCCAGCAUUUUUCGGACCUUGUGGUGGAUAUCAACUUGUCAGCACCGCGUAGAGGAGCAUUUGAAAUCAUGGUGACUAAUUCCCGGGGUGUCGAAACCGUAUUAUGGAGUGGUCUCAAGCUUGGUCCACCUCGUCGGCUGAAGUUCCCUGAUCCGAGUUCGUUAGUGGAAGCGUUGAAGGUAGCAUUAGCUUGAGAGGCGCCACGUAUUUUUUCUUCCAUUAAUUGUACUAUUCCGAUGUUUUCUACAUGUUACCUGCACUCUAUUGAGACCAAUUUUUAGAUUUCCAAAAGUAAUAGAGAGCUUGUCCAGUGCCAAUAGGUGAAAAAGGUAAAGAUGAAACUUUUAUGAAGGCGUGAGAUUUUGAAAUCCUUCUUACGGGAAGGCAAUCUCGGUCCUGAUGCUAUUUCAUUUUUCACUUUCCCUUUUAUAUUUAUCCUAGCAUGGAACAGCUCUCUUGAAACUUUUUUAUGGAACACAUUAUAGUUUUUUGUUUCGGCUAUUAUCCCUUGUACUUUGUUCGUCUCUCUUGUUUGAUUCCUGUCAAAUUCUAAUUCAAUUUAAAGUCCUAAAAACAACAAAGAAAUAAACUUAGAUUCCAAUA